AUGGACUCUGACGCUGGCUCCCACUCCAGCCGCUCCUCAUCUCCAGAUCUGGUGGUGGAUGAUUCCAUGGGCAGCUUCUUCGCCAACAAGAUGUUCCAAGCCUACUGCCGGGAGGAGGGGGCAGCCAGGGCCGCUGGGCAGGGCAGGACUGACCGCUGUGGUGGGGGAGGCAAGAGCAAGACCCUCAAAGAGGGUGACGUGCAGGACCUGAGGCUGAAGGUGAACGGCAGGGAGAGGAAGAGGAUGCACGACCUGAACCAGGCCAUGGACGGCCUGAGGGAGGUCAUGCCCUAUGCCCAGGGGCCCUCCGUCCGCAAGCUCUCCAAGAUCUCCACCCUGAUGUUGGCCCGUAAUUACAUCCUCAUGCUGUCCAGCUCCCUGGAGGAGAUGAAGAAGCUGGUGGGGGACGUGUAUGGCGGUGGUGGUUCCCAGAGUCGCACUAGCCACCGCCGGAUCAACCCUCCGGCCCCCACAGCUCACCUCCCCCUACACCCCCUGGCCCAGUCCCUGCACUCCCUGGUGGGUAGCACGGCCUCGGCUCUCCACCACCCUUCGCCUCUCCCGGCUCCAGCCCCACACUCACCACCCUCUGCAAGCUACCUGGGCUUCCACCAUGCACCAGUACAGAGCCUGCUGAAAGACCCUCUCCACCUAGCCAGCUCCUACAGGCACUUUCCUGGUAUGCCCUGUCCCUGCUCGCUCUGCCAGCCUCUACCAACCACCGCAUCCACCCUGCAUAGCUUUUCCAUGGGCAAGUGA